AUGGUUUCGUUGUUGUUCCCCGCAGUCCAGCCAGCUGCUCAGCAGCCGUUACAGGCCCAUAAUUUCGUGGGGUUUGGCGGUGCUGAGGGCUCCUGCGAGAGGCUUGGCAAGAGAAUCCGCAGCGUGCAGCAGGCCUGCCAGGAUUGUCGCCAGAGGAGAGUGAAGUGCGAUGGCCGCCGACCACAGUGUGAUACCUGUAUUGCCAAGGGACGGUCCUGCCACUAUGAGUCGCAACAGGGCCACUCGAGAAAAGCCGCUCUGAAAUCGCGCCUGCAUGCAUUGGAGAAGCUCUUCUUUGCAUUGCAGGCCAAACCUGGCGACGAAGCGGACCGUUUGCUACAACAAAUACGCUGUGCCGACGACGUCCGCACCUUGCUUGAUUUUAAAGAUGAUAUGUCGCCACUUGAGGUCAGCAGCUCCACCAGCAUCAGCCCAAGCGUCAGUAGUCUCUCGAGCUCCACGAUUGGGUUUGAGGAACAAUCUCUCGGGUCAGUUACUCCAGCGCAGAAUAGCACAAAUGCCCCUCUCCUACAGGAACCGCAGGUCGGGGAUGAUACGCUGGGAAAGGCCGAUGUCCCCACUCUCUCCCCGGCACUGAGAGAACUAACAGCAGAUGCAUCGGCGUUCCUGAUAACCGUCUUCAUCCCCAGCGCCUCUACUACACAAGCCGCAGUUGAAAGCUUUUUCAGCUCCAGUGGCAAACUAUUUCAUGUCUUUUCCCGUGAACAGGUUUCAGGCUACUACAAGGAUGUAUUUGGAAGAGAUGGCUGUCCCAUACCAAGGCAGAAGACUGCCAUUUGCUGUCUCGCCGCAGUUGCAGCUGUUGGUGUCCAGUACAACGCCGGUGACUUUGAGGUCGCUAUAGAAGGCGUUUUCUAUGACUUGGCAAGGCAAUUCUUUGGGAGCUUCAUGGAGGAGCAGCCACUCGACGCAAUCAAGGUCUGCGCGCUGCUGGCUAUGUACAACAUCAUGAAUAAGGCGACUGUUUCACUUGCUUACAUUGAAAUUGGUCUGAACAUGUCAAAGAAACAUAACCUAAUUGACAAAUGCUACCACUAUCCUGGUCUAUCCCCAGAGGAAUGGGUUGACUAUCGAAGGACUUGGAGAACAUUACUCUGGCUUUCUUCAACUCUUGGGUAUAUCUCGGGCAGUGAGAUAUCUUUCCGGGAAGUAGUUCCGCUGAUUCAUGGACCAUUUCUAUUACCUUUCUUACGGGGUGCCACAGUUGUCCAGACGGAGAUGACCAAGAUCUCCCUUCUAAACGCGGAUAUUCUGCGGAUGCAUCUGUCCUUUAAGGAGCUGCCCAGCCAAGCCAUAGCUUCCAUAAAUAAAGACCUUCAGGACUGGCACAAUCAGCUCCCUAGGCAAAUGCAUCUCCCUAAUCUCUACCGCGAAGAUCUUUCGGUUGAAGUCCGCCGAAGCAUCUUAGCUACUCACUUACUCUUUCUCGGAGCCACAAUGCUUCUCUAUCGCCGCAUUGCCUCACAGUUCGUUCAGCAUUCCGGUAUUGGCCAUGGGUACAGCAUUCUAUGGAAGCCCAUUGAGAAUACGUUUCUCAACCAUGUGGAUCAGGGUGUUACUGCAGCAACACACUCGUCCCGGAUAUUAAGCCUCUUGCGAGCAGAAGCGGGAAUAUUCAAAAGAUGCUGGCUUGUUAUCUUCCAAGCAUAUACCUCUUGCGUUGUGCUCCUCCACUCCGUUGCGCAAAAGCAAGUACACCUCUUCCCUCGCUCAUUCUGGGAAGACGACCUCGCCCAAGCCCGCAUCUGUCUCGACAUAGUCUCCUUCUGCGGCACCGUGGACCCAGUAGCUCUCAAAUUUCAGAACUGCCUCGUCCCUAUCCACGACAAACUGGCAUCUUACAUCCGCCCCUCAACCAGUAUUAGCAGCCCUUCAAACCCGUUGUCCCUCGCCUACAUUUUCGGAAUUCCGUCGACCGCCGAUGCCGACCACGCCAGCCUGUCCCUAAAGCUCCUAAUAAUGUUGUGCCAGCCAUUCAGCAACGUCGACAGCACAUGUGGAUCAAACGACAACCUCAGCGCGCUGUGGCAGAGCUUCCCAACACAGCACGAGCAGAUGCAGGGGGCUGGGCCGCUCGACUGGAAACUUGAUAGCUGCCCUCCGUUCCAGUGGGACCCCCAGGACCUAGGGAUUGGCGAAGCGGCGCUGCUGGAGAGCGAUAAUCGGUUUUUGGGCAGUAGUGAGCCUAGUGGAUGGGCUGGGUUCCAGAGUGAAGAUGGGUACGAACUCAAGUGGGUGAUGAGUUAG